UGCGCUUCUCGCAAUCUCGAGAACGAUUGGUGAUACUGCUGAUGAACGACAAGUGUAAAGAUUAGUUCCAGCGUCUGUAUGCAGACACAGUGUUUUGACGAGAGGCGAGCAGCUUUUAGGGUUGAGACACAAUUCCGAGCAUCGAACUGACAUAACUUCGUUGUCGUUGUGCUCGACCGCGGAGGAAAACGAAGACACCAUUCGGAAGAAAAUGUCAAAGAUCGAGGAGGCAAACGAGCACAUACGUCAGGCUGAAAAAGCCUUGAAACCUACAUUCUUGAAAUGGCGACCUGAUUAUGAGGUAGCAGCUGAUGAAUAUUCACAUGCUGCAACCUGCUUUCGAGUAGCCAAAUCAUAUGCACAGUGUAAAGAUUGUUUAGUAAAGGCAGCCGACUGUUACAAACAAACCAAAGCAUGGUUCCAUGCAGCAAGGUGCAUCGAGCAGGCUCUGCUUGUCUGCAAGGAAAUGGGGAAUUUAUCAGAAGUAUCAAAACUAGCUCACAGUGCUUGUGGUCUUUUCCAGCAGCAUGGAUCUCCUGAAUCAGCCGUUACUGCUCUCGACAAGGCAGCUAAGAUGUUGGAAGCUACACAGCCCCAGCAGGCUCUAGAGCUAUUUAGACGCGCGGUUGACAUAAUCUCGGGCGAGGACAAUCCGCGACACGCAGCGGAAUACAUGAGCAAAGUUGCGAGACUAUUAGUGAAGCUACAGAUGUAUGACGAGGCGGCAGAUGCGAUACGUCGCGAGAUUGGCAUGUAUCAGGAUGUCAAGCUUUGGCAGUCGCUUGGAAGGCUUACUGUGGCAUUGGUGUUAGUGCAAUUGGCACGAGGUGAUCAGGUUGCGGCCGAGAAGGCCUUCAAAGAAUGGGGUAACUUCUGCGAGGCCCCUGAAGUACAAACAUUGGAGAUGUUGUUACAAGCAUAUGAUAAUGAAGAUGCGGAUGCAGCUCGGGCAGCCCUUAACAGUCCUUUUAUCAAACACAUGGACGUGGAGUACGCCAAGCUAGCACGAGGUUUACCUUUACCACAACAGGAAUAUGCUAUUCCACCUGCUGGAGUAAGAGCCAACGCCGCGGAAUCCUAUGUUUCUCCUAACGCGUCCAAGGUUGGCGGACAGACCGUUGAAGCUGAAGCAAAGAAUGAAGUCAAUGAAUCUAGUCAAUCAAUCGAGAAGAAACCAGAAGUCGCAUCACCACCAAAACCUAUACAAAAGCAGGAGGAAGAGGACGAUUAUGAGGGAGGCCUGUAUUUAAACUAUUACGUGACUGGCAGUGCUUUAAUUGGCUUGAAUUGUUUCAGCGAGGUAUGCAAGGCGUUGAACAAGAAUCGCGGCUUGUACGGUCGUUGGAGCGAACUGCAGAAUGUCGCGAUCGCGUCGCCGACCGGUAUACCGCUGAGUGGCUCAGCCACUGCAAUCUCACGUACAGACGAACUCGAUUGGACCACCACCGAACUGCGGAAAGCACUUCGUUCCAUCGAGUGGGAUCUCGACGACCUCGAGGAUACUAUCUGUAUCGUUGAAAAAAAUCCAACAAAGUUCAAAAUUGACAACAAGGAGUUGACCGUUCAACGGAGUUUCAUUGAGCAGGCACGAGAGGAAGUGAAGAUCAUGAAGGACAAACUGAACUUAAGCAGAAGUCGGGAUCGUGACAGUACGGCAAGACAGCCACUUUUGGACAACAGCCCUGCGAGAGUGCCGGCUAAUCAUGGCACUACUAAAUACAGCAAGCUAGAAAAUGAAAUAGAUAGUCCAAACAGACAGUUUCUCAGUGAUACAAUGCAACAGCAAAAUGCUAUGAUGAGACAGCAGGAUGAACAGUUGGAUAUGAUUGGGGAAACAGUUGGUACAUUAAAAACAGUAUCCAGGCAAAUCAACAGUGAACUAGAUGAACAAGCUGUGAUGUUGGAUGAAUUCGGGAAUGAAUUAGAGACAACAGAUUCCAAGUUGGAUGCUACCAUGAAGAAGAUGGCCAAGGUGUUGCACAUGAGUAAUGAUCGGGGACAAUGGGUAGCCAUUGGAGUGUUGACUGCUAUAUUGGUGUUUUUAAUCAUUUUAUUUAUAAUUAAAUGAAUCAUCUCUCGUCUCCUCUAGCUUCUUCCCCUUUUCCUCCUUUCCUUCGAUAAUAAUUUCGUUUGUAGCUUUAAAUAUAAUCUAAGUCCGUUUGACCUAUUACUGAUAGAGCGAGA